CGGCGGGGCGGGCCUGGGCGGAGAGCGGCGGCGCGGCGGGGCUGGCAAGGCCCGUCGCGCAUGUUUUUCAUGUAAUGCUGUCGUACUGUCGCCGUGUUGUUCCUUUCGGAAGCGAUGGAAGCGGGUCCCAUCGUGACGUCCAAGCAGCGGGAGGAGGUGGUGCACGGGGUGCCCACGGAGGUGGUGUGCACGGCCUUCUCCAACUCCGUCCUCGUGGUGGUCACACAGUACGGCAAGAUGGGCACCAUCGUCUACGUGGACCCCAACAUCGUCGGCGACAACGUGGGCAGGCCCACGCUCACCACGAAGGUGCUGCUGGGCAAGGAUGAGCCCCUCGUUCAUGUUUGUGCCAAAAACCUGGUGGCGUUCGUGUCGCAGGAAGCUGGGAACAAACCUGUUCUCCUCGCCAUGGCUUUAAAGGACAAAACCAUGGAAGGAAUACAGGCUCUACGAGAAGUGAUCCGGAGCUGCCAAGUGUGGUGAAGUUGUGCCAUCUGGAUUCAAGGAAAUGAUCUUGAGUCCGUGACUCAUCACCACCUAUUUAAAAGGACUAGAAAUGAAAACGAUGGAAUGUCUUUGUGGUGGUUUUGGAUGUCCUAAGGAAUUUCAUGAAUUUUUCUCUACUGUGUAGAACAUUUGUGGGUUUUAUUACUGGGACAGGUUUGCAAGUCCAUAUAGACAGUGGCGAGACGAGAGCAAUUGUCUCAACAUAGGAGAGAAGUGCUACUUUUAUCAUGUUGGGUGGGUCAUUUAUUUGGGAAAGGGCUCAGCUCUGCUCAUGUGUCCUGAGGAGCAGCAGAUGCCAAGGUCUGUAGCUGUGCCAUACCGCAAAGGGGGAACACCCAGUGCAGAGGGAAUAAAAGAAACAUUGUCAAAUCAAA